UGACAUAUCACCAUACACAGUGAAGACCGGGGAGCCAGCCGCUGAAGCAAGCGACAGAUUCAGGAGACGACUUCGUCCGAUCACAAUUGACGACAUAACCAGUGAACACACUGAUAUAGAUGGCAGAUCGAUCAGGGAUGUCUCUACUCCAGACGACCAUCUGCCUUGUCCAGAAGGUCAGACCAGAUGUCCAAACAGUGUCUGUGUUGCCUCCAAUCACCUUUGUAGCUCAGAUGAAUCUACGUCUAUUUCACAACCUACAACUACCUACGUGACCCGCACACCGAUCACGUUCUAUUUCUCGGUGUUACGUGAUAGGACGAGACCACCUGUGAGCCUCACAUCCGGACAACCAGUCGUAGCAGCUCAGACACACGUGGAGAGGAAUACUGAGGGUAGGCCUGAUAGUGAGGCAUUUUCUAAGGAAGAAGACACGAAACGAAUGCUCUUCAGUGGUGAUUUGACGCCAACAACUACAAAUGAAAUGACGGCAACUGCUGGAAAAUUAACUAUUCCUAGUUCCACCUUGUUGACAGAUUCUUCUAGAGAAAAUGAACGUUCCUUACCAACGCCUAUUCCAAGGUCCUCAAAUAGUUAUAAUUUGUCGAAAACCACGCGUGUCUCAACUAGUGAAGGUCAGAGGUCAGUGUUCAUCCAGGCCUAUUACACCAACCAACUAACGGCUUCAAUGACGUCAACAUUAAAAGCUAAUUUGACUACGGUUACAAGCACAUUUGUCGAUGAAUCCUUUCUCUCUUCAACCGCCAUUAAUAGCGAUUAUGGCAGUCUAGAUACUAACAAUCACCUAGGACUUGAUACGAUGUCUCAAUUACCGCCAAAACAAACAAGUUCUUGUAGCUCUUGUCUUGAACCGUCCAUUACGUCAUUACCAGUGAUGAUGAAGGAAAUGACAAACACCGAUUAUUUAGCUGAUAGGGCUUCUCUUGAUCUUAAAACUCAUGAAAGUAUUUCAUCGCCUGCAAUGGUAAAGGAACCGAUAUCAUCCAUAGCUCUAACGACACCUUCUUCUAGAAUCAUUCCACCAUCUGCUAGUUUUGUGCUAGAACCGAGUACUUCAAGCGUUGUACAACACCCAAUAUCUUCAACCGUUUUGUAUUUGCCUUCGACUUCUUCAAUAGAUGCGUCUUCGCAAAUUUCACAUAUGCCGUACUCUACACCCAAAGCACUCUUCAAGUGAUUUAAAAAACACGCCUUCAACAUCUGCAUCGUACAACGUGGCCUAUUCCACUUCUUCACCGGACACGCCCCCAUUACAACCAAUGACAGUAUCGAGUGCUGGACCGCAGUCUAAGCGUCCUACUCUAUCGACAUCAGUCACACCUGAUGUGGUUACGUCCAAGAUGGCCACAGUGACAUCUCCUUCUUUUGGCACUACUGGUGAUAGAUGUACCAAAUGCAUUGAGGUAGUCUUCAACCUCCGUGUGACUAUCAAAGACAAACAAACUGAACAAGAAUUUCAGGUAUCCGUCCAAACAGCGUUUUCAAUGAUGCUUACUCGAUUUUAUGGACACCGGUUCAGGCGUGACUUAAGGAAUGCAACAAACCCUCAACGAAACAGCACUCACUUCUUGCCCUCAGAUGUUCACAUACGGAACACGACAUCGAUGGGCAACAUCGUAGUUCUGUUGUUGGAAGUUAAACACCCAUUAGGUGACUUCGUGCACAAUCAAUAUCUCGAAUACCUGCUACAGAAGAGUGAGGCCAGGCUAUCGUUAGAGCAAGACCUAAGUGUCUACGGGGCAACCUUGACCGAGUUCUCUGUGCCUGACAAUCCGUCCACAGACACACCACGACCAGGGGACGAGAGCGGUGCAACAUCAAUCUUCGCUCAACACUUUGGCCUCUUUCUUACGGUCAUCAUUCUGUCGAGCUUUGUGGCGUGUGCUGGUGUGAUUGCCAUGAUAUAUCUUCGGAACAAGGCGAGGACAGGGAUGUGGUACUGUCCAUCUGGUACUCGCUACGCUAAACAAUUGGAGCGCACCUUACUGACCAAAACUACAAACUGGCGGGUAGGUCACAUGACCAAUCCCAUUCCAGACGUCGACAUACUCCACGGCGAGGACCCAAUGACUGAGACCACCGAAGAAGAAAAUAGCAGUCACCGCGCGUCGUGCACAGGUGACAGGACAAGCAGAGAGGGCAGCUGUCCUGAAGUUGAUACAUGGGUGGUCCCCCUUGGAGAUGGAAUGGACGAAGGACUAGCAGACGAAGAGUAUGACACGCGUCUGUAAGAACAAUGCCAGUACUCCAAAAAUACAUAUCGUCCAUACUUAAGGUAUAAUUCGUAUUUGGUAUGGAAAGGAUGUCACCCUUCAUAAGAUGUUAACAGUAUGUUCCAUUCAUAGUUUCCUCGUAUUUAAAGAACAUGCGUCAUAUAUCAUUCAGGGACUAUAUUCGGGUGACCAUUGCGUUGAGAUUAUGUACAUGUACAUGAAAAUCGAGUGUUUUUCUAUCCAUUCUUUGAUUAAAAUAUAGAUGAAAUCUGCAAUAGAAACAGCGUGACAGUAUUUUGAAUGAUCAACCAUAUAUGUCUUAAUUGACCACACAAUCAAUGAAUGAUAUAUACUCAGGAGUUUAAAAAAAAUGUGGUUUAAUGUUUUAAUAAGAAUGAAAGCGUCCCUUCACUUAGACGUGGACUUUUUUGUGGUAUCAUAUAGUGACAGCUGUGGAUAGUGCUUAACGACGGCUAUACAGAAUCUGACUAAGAGUUGCUUCCCUUGUAAUGCAACUUAGUUUGACCUAACCUAUGAAACAUUAGUACGAUUCUCCUUUUCGAAUACUGAAUUUACCAGCUUCGUAUACCAGUGUAUAAUUCACGAAAGAAUAUUUUGACAUAACUUGGUUUAGAAUUUGAUCUCCUGAAAUGGGUUUGAUAUUGAUUCAAGAAAAAUUUCUGAAAUAUUUUGAAUAAGAAUUUAGUCUCUCUAUGAUAUUGUUCAUUGCUAAUUUGUAGUUCUUCACUUCCGUUAAGAGCGCGGGGUUUCUUCUGUCCUUAAGCGUAAGAUUGAAAACAAUCUCCCAUGUUUAUCAAACUUGAUAAUACCACAUAAUAAGUGUAUCAAGCACAGCUGUUUAAGAUUAUCUGACUAUAAUUUUACUAUUUUAUAUUUUUUAUUGUGAUGCCAAAAUUCAUUUAUUUUACAUCAUGAGUGUUUUUUAUUAGAAUAGUAUUAUCCCCAAAACAUAAAGAAUAUAACCUUUACUAUAUUACUGUUAAUGUUUUAUUUGCAUAUUCAUAAACAAAUUAUUCUAAAUCAAAUCAAAACAACUAGAUGACAUGCCAAUAUGUUGGGUAAGGUGGACUUAAGAAAUGUCUUUUCUAUCCUUAACUAUAAAACCCGAUCUUAUUUGUAGUUUGACUGUAAUUUGGUAAUAAAUGUUGUCACAAAGUCAAAAUCUUAAAGAAAGAAACUAUCAUAAAGUAUCAACCCAUUGAAUACCGAAUGUCCAUUUAAGAGUAUUAAAGAUAUUAAAGAUUUUAAUGUAUAACGUUGCUCUGUAUAUAACUGUACAUGUAUAUAGUGUAAUUUCGUGGAUAUGUUAUCUUAGAUAGAAAUAAUAAUCAUUGACAACAAAAUGUAAUUUCAAGUGUUUGACAUGCAUAUUUAAGUUAUUUUAACGUAUAAUCAUAUACAAUGUAUGUAUUUAAAUAUAUCAAUGGUUGUGCUAUUUGUAAUCUUCUUUAGAAAGAGACCCCACACACAUUCCUUGAGACUUAUUAAAUAAUUCAGCUGAUUCGUGGCUUCAUUUGAAGUAACAUGGGGGUAACCUAAUGGCGGAUCUGAUAAUUGGCAGAAUUGGUUAAGUAUCAUACUUCUCCAACCAGUGGGGCUCGUCAUUAAGAUUUAUACUUCUCCAACCAGUGGUGCUCGUCAUUAAGAUUUAUACUUCUCCAACCAGUGGUGCUCGUCAUUAAGGGUCAUACUUCUCCAACUAGUAGUGUUUCUCAUAAGGAUCAUACUUCUCCAACUAGUAGUGCUUGUCAUAAGGAUCAUACUUCUCCAACAAGUGAUGCUUGUCAUAAGGGUAAUACUUCUCCAACUAGUAGUGCUUGUCAUAAGGUUCACACCUCUCCAACCAGUGGUGCCUUGGCUAAGAAUUAAUGCGUCAGUCUAACUCUUUUGUGAAGUUGAUGUAAAGUAGGUCGGUAAAUAAUUUAUAUUAUAAUACUAAGAUGUGGAGUUACUGAUAACGAUGGAUCUUCUAUGUUUAUUCCCCCUUAAUAUAUCUAGCAGUCAUGGAAUUUGUGAUUUUUUUUUAUUGAUAAUGAUUUACGACUUUUUAUUUUUACGGUAAACUAUCGGCUCAGAAACUUGUACCUUAUGAGGCUUAUGUGAAGAAUGUACUGACCUAACCUAGCUUAUUCUGACAAUGAUUUUGUUGUACGGAAAACUGGAGAGAAAAACAGAUAUAUAAUAUAGAGUAAAUUAAAGAUGCUAAUUUUGUUGUAUAUCUUUAUGCAUUACCAAAUUUACGUAUUUUUCUAUAUGACAUCCUCCAAAAGUUUUAAGCUUCCAAUUUUAGCUUUUAACUUUAGGUGGAUGAAUAAUUAUUUGCAAUCUGAAGAAAUGUUAUCUGUUUUCUGUAUUGAGCUUUGGGUUCUAUAACCGAUCACUUUUAGGAUGCGGUUUACACGUUGAUUUAUUAGAUAUAUUCAAAAACCGUGAGUGCCAUUUUAUUUUUUUGUGAGAAGCAGUUGAUACGCUGUCACAGAUGUGACAUCAGUUGGUUAUGUUCCCAUCUUUGUUUUUAUAUCUGAAUUUCCAUGUUCACUUAAAAUGGUUUUGUUUUACAAAUUGCAAAAGUUGGACUUCUGUUAUCACAUUUUAUAGGAGUGUAUUGACUUGGUGACAGACAAUAUUUAUUUUCCUUUCGUAUAUAAGUAAAGGGAGAUAACAAAUGCAUUCUUUAACGCAUUGUUCAUUCGUAACUACUCCGUACCUUCCAGCAUUUCCUUCAACAUUCCAUCCCAAACCACCCAUACAUAUCGCUAGUUUAUGUCCUUAGAAAUAGAUAUUACUUUGUAAAACAUUGGAAAUUUACAACAUUUUGUAGUAAUAAGGUGAAUCUUUUCUUUUUUAAUUCAACUCCUCUAGAUAAAUAACAGAAAACUAGACAUGUGGUUUAAUUGAAUCAUCAAAAUAACGGGCAUAUUCUUAUAUUUUGUAUUUUAUUGUAAACAUGUCAGGUAAAACAUCGUGAUAUGUACUCGUGACUACAGCAUUAUAAUAAUAAGGUGUAUUUGUUGAUAAUAAAAUAUAAAUAUAUUUAUUUCUCAGUUAUUUGUUUAUGAUAUAGUAAUGCAUACUUCAGCAACAGCCAGUCGUAGUUAGUUUGAGUUCUACAAAUAUCUGUGAACAAUUCAUACGAACGGAUAUCAGCAUAUUACGUCCAGUGCGAAUUCAUCUGAGUGGUACUUCAUCUAGAGUGGUACUCCUGCUGGAGAGGUAAUUCAUCUGAGUGGUACUUAAUCUGCAGUGGUACUUCAUCUGAGUGGUACUUAAUCUGCAGUGGUAGUUCAUCUGAGUGGUACUUCAUCUGAGUGGUUCUUCAUCUGAAGUGGUACUUCAUCUGAGUGGUUCUUCAUUUGAAGUGGUACUUCAUCUGAGUGGUACUUCAUCUGAAGUGGUAUUUUAUCUGAGUGGUUCUUCAUCCGAGUGGUACUUAAUCUGCAGCGGUACUUCAUCUGAGUGGUACUUCAUCUGAAGUGGUACUUCAUCUGAGUUGUACUUCAUCUGAAGUGGUACUUUAUCUGAGUGGUACUUCAUCUGAGUGGUAUUUCAUCUGGAGUGGUUCUUCAUCUGGAGUGGUACUUCAUCUGAGUGGUAUUUCAUCUGAAGUGGUACUUCACCUGGGGUGCUACUUCAUCUGAAGUGGUACUUCAUCAGGAGUGGUACUUCAUCUGAGUGGUACUUCAUCUGAAUGGAACUUCAUCUGGAGUGGUACUUCAUCUGGUUUUUUUCUUCAUCUGAGUGGUACUUCGUUUGCAGUGGUACUUCAUCUGGAGUGGUACUUCAUUUGAAGUGCAGUACAGUUGUUUUUAAUCAAACGAACAACACAUUUACAUUCGUAAUCAACCAUAUGUACGGCAUAAGUAUAAUGGUAUUCAAUCAGUACAUUAUUAAUUGUACCUAAUCCUGAGUCAAGCACUGUACACUCAAACUUAAUCCUGAGUCAAGCACUUUUACAGUCAUACUUAAUAUUAAGUCCAUAACAUUUAUAGUGAUACCUUAUGUGAAGUCAUUAACAUUUAUAGUUAUAUCUAAUCUGAAGUCCAUAGCAUUUGCAGUAAAUCCAGUUCCGUUUAUCCAUAUUGCAGUGCAAAAUUAUUGUGACAACAAUUGCCCGGUCCUCCCUGGUGAAUAGAGAUGAUAACACAGCCAAAUAUUUCACAUUUAUUUUAUUUUCAGAAGAAUUGUUUUUUUUUAUUAAUACAAGUUUGUACGAAACAUUUUUCAAAUUACACUUGUUUAAGUUGAAAGUUUAUUCAAGCAAUGUUUCUACAUUUUACUAAUUACACCGGUAUUAUGGGGAGAGUUUACAUAGGUUGCUGAUAUACAUUGACUUUGUUGAUCAAAUAAAAAUCUUUGUGAAAUGUCAUACCCAAUUGUUUUCAGCCUUUUCAAUAAAAUUAUUUCUGAAAAGAUGUUACAGCGGUUAAAGAUUUCAUAAAAAAAAAGAA